AUGGAAAAGAAUCACAAUAUCUUAUCUGAAUUCCAACAUGCAAUUUUCCAGGCCGAAGUCCAAAAGAACGAACUUGAUAAUAAAAACAAUCAAAUUCGAGAAAAGAAAAGCCAAUUAAUGCAAUUGCAAUCUACUUAUUUAAGCAAAUUAACUCAGAAAUCGCGCCUGAUUAAUCAUAAUGAUCUUGCAUUGUUUCCCAAAUUAAAUGAAAUCGAAAAAUUAAUAUUUUCUAUCUCUGAAACUGCAAUUGAUUCUAAAGAUAAUUCCAUUCAACUUUCUAGCAUCAUAAAAACUAACGAUUUAAUUCAUCAAAUACUGCAAUCCUUAGUUCAAAGUGAUGAUUCUACUAUAAAUAAAUUUGCUCAAGAUUAUUCAAAUUUUUAUUCUCAGCGCAAAGAUUUAUUAAUCCAACUUAUUGCAGAUAAUACAAAUUAA